GUUGUGCACCACACCUACACCGACACACUACAUCCAGCACUGUCACAGUGUCACCUUAUUUAGCUAGCCUGUCGUAGCAGCUAGCCACCAGCCCACCACCCACCACCCAGCAGCAUGGCGAGCAUCACUGUGACAAAGAAAUCCCAGUCCUUCGUUGUGCCAUCGUCCACGGCAACGACGACUCCGACUACCGAUACGCUCGAGCUGUCGGCCAUCGACCGCGUUCCGGGCCUGCUCCACAUGGUGCGGUCCCUGCACGUGUUCCGCGGCAAGGACGCCACCGCCCGCAGCGAUGCUGCUGCUGCUGCCAGCAGCAGGCCGGCCGAUGUGAUCCGCGCGGCGCUGUCCCGCGCACUGGUGGACUACCGCCCGUUCGCCGGCCGUUUCGUUGGCUCACUGUGCACCGGGGAGGCGAGUGUCGAGUGCACCGACGACGGUGCGUGGUUCGUGGACGCUGUCACGGACUGCAGCCUCGACGACGUGAACGGCCUCGACUACCCGCUCAUGAUCUCCAAGGAAGAGCUGCUGCCGGCUGCAGAGGAAGGUGUUGACCCAACCAGUAUUCCGAUGAUGAUGCAGGUAUUACAAGACACAAGAAAAUAAAUUCAUAUUUCAUGCAAAGAGCUAGAGGAAGCUUGUAUGGAACAACAAAGAUGGGCCAACAUGAGUAGGACGUUGCAGUUAGAUUGAAGCGGACAUUCCGCACUUCAUCAGCAAAGCUGGAAUCAAAAGCAUCUAG